CUUGAGGUCACCAAAUUCAAGCUUUCAACACUCCAAAACACACUUAGCUUUUAUUUCACAUACAUCACCACUUCCUCUUCUUCUUCUUGUUCAUAUUAUAACUAAUGGCAGGCCUCAAGUUUGCAUUUGUGAUGCUUGUGUGCAUGGCCAUGGUGGGAGCACCAAUGGUGAAUGCCCUAUCAUGUGGCCAAGUGAACAGUGCCCUAGCACCAUGCAUCACUUUCCUCACAAAGGGUGGAGUUCCUUCUGGGCCUUGUUGUAGCGGAGUUAGAGGCCUUCUCGGUGCUGCAAAAACCACCGCGGACCGCCAGGCCGCCUGUAACUGCCUCAAAGCCGCUGCCGGUUCCCUUCAUGGCCUCAACCAAGGCAACGCCGCCGCCCUCCCUGGAAGAUGCGGUGUCAGCAUUCCUUACAAGAUCAGCACCUCCACCAACUGUGCUACCAUUAAGUUCUGAGGAGAGGAAGAUGAAGAAGGUGGCUCUAGCCAGCACUGGACACAACAAGUAGUUAUGUGAAAGCAGCUUAUAUUAAUUAUUAAUUAAUGAGAAUAAACAUGAGGGUGAUGAUGAGGGCUAUAUAUAUACUUAUAUAUAUAUAUGCCCCUCUCCUCUUGUAGUCUUUGUAUGAGGUGGAAAUGGAUUCUCUUAUUUCUUUUUUUUUUUGUUAUGCAUAUGGAGUUGUUACUUGUUUCAACUUCCAACUACCUAUAGCAAUCAAUGAAGCUGCUUUUAUUUGGUUAA